UCAUGCACCGUUGCGCAUGCGCUACACUCUAGUCUGUUUUCAGCUGUUUUUACUGAUUUAUACGCGAUUUGACCCAAAAUCUCUGGACAACAGGCCGCUGGGGAGUAAACAACCAUCGCAAGCUGUUGUCCAACAAAGUUUCUCAAGGAUGAACUAUGGAGGACAACAAGAGUUCCAAUGACUCCCUGUCUGCAGAGGAGUACGUUCUAGUCCCUACCCCAGAACAUACCCAACAGAACAUGGAGGCUGCUGGGAAGUCAAGUGAGGAGCUUGGAUUGAAGAUUUGUGGGAAUGGAAAUGAGGAAGAGCUGCAGCAGCACCUGGAGGAGGUGCUCAGCGACCAAUCAGAAGACGACGGGUCCGUUCCGAGCAACAUCGAGAACCGACAGCGAGCCAGGAUGGCGUCCGGGAACAGUGAGGCCUCGGACACGACGGAGACCAUCAGUAACCGCCCUCGCGCCGAGACAGACUCCGCUGCCAAGAGCGGGACUGAAGCUGAGCUGGAGGAGAGUGAGAAGGCAGGGAAGGAAGCUCGCUUGCGCUCCACCUCAGAGCCCCCCACCCCCUGUGCAGACGAGGAGUGUGUGAUCUUUAACGGGGUGACGUACCUGGGCUGCUCCGCCGUGAACGCCCCCCGCAGCGAGAUGGAGGCCCAGCGCUGCAUGUCCAUCCUGCGCGAGUCCUCACAGAUGUCCAUCGACGUGGUCCUGUCUGUACCCACCACCUCCGAGGGAACUGUCAGGGUUCUGGAGCCAGACGGAGCUGAGAUCGCGCACUACCGCGUCCACCGUAUCCUGUUCUGCUGCCGCGGGAAACAGGAGACCAGGGAGAAGGACUGCUUCGCCUUCACCAGUAGUCAUGGCAACUCGGACCUGUUCCAGUGCCAUGUGUACAGGUGUCAGCUGCUGGAGGCUGUUCCCAAGAUCAUGUUCAGCUUUGCGCGAGCCUUCAAGGCUGUGCCCAAGUCACCCCGCAGCCUGGGCGUGUACGAACCCAGCGGAGACGACGAGGAUCUGUUCCGUUUCGACGUGACCUUGGAGGUCAAGGAGGAUGAUGGGAGGGCAACCUACAGUGCCGUGCCUCGGGACAAGCAGUUCUUCAAACUGAGGAAAGACCUUCAGAAGAAGAUCAACAUCAACGUGCAACAGCUCUCCAACGAGGACCUAACCAUCGAGCGGUGUUUUGGUCUGCUGCUAUGUCCAGGGAGGAAUGUGAAACACAGUGACAUGCACCUGCUGGACAUGGACUCGAUGGGGAACAGUGCGGAUGGCAAGUCUUACCUCAUCUCAGGCAACUGGAACCCUUCUGACCCACAGUUUGUGGUGCUCAACACAGAGACUCCAAAAAACACCCGAGUGUUCAUGACCAUCGCCAUUGACCUUGUGAUCACGGGGAUUCAGGAGCCGGUGAGGUUCGUGGUGGAGACCAAGGCUCAGAUCUACCCCUCCAGCGAGCGCUUCUGGUACUUCAGCAAGAAGACUUUCCACGAACAGUACAACCUCAGGCUCAAGCAGAUUGAGGGAAGCAGUCCGAAUGAGAAGCUGUAUGAAGUCCUGAGCCUGGAGAGUCAGUCGGAGAUCGACAGAAAAAAAGCGAGCAUGAACCUGCCGCUGUCCCCGGCCCGCAGCCCGCCCGCUGUCAUGCAAACCUCACCUACCCCGGCCACCCCUGCCAUCGAGGAGGAAGAUGAAAACGACGAGCCCCUGCUGAGUGGUUCAGGUGAUGUGAGUAAGGAGUGUGAAGGGGACAUCCUGGAGACAUGGGGAGACAUGCUGGCCAAGUGGAGACAGAACCUCAGCACCAGGCCUAAACAGCUGCACCAGCUCUGCAGGAAGGGUGUGCCCGAGGCUCUGAGGGGGGAGGUGUGGCAGCUGCUGUCUGGUUGCCAUGAGAACGGACCACAGAUGAUGGAGAACUACAGGGUCCUCAUCACCAAGGAGUCUCCUUGUGAGCAAGUUAUCCAGCGAGACAUCAACAGAACUUUCCCUGCUCACGAGUUCUUCAAGGACACGGGCAGCCUGGGUCAGGAGUCGCUGUACAAGAUCAGCAAGGCGUACUCCGUGUUUGAUGAGGAGAUCGGGUACUGCCAGGGGCUGUCUUUCCUGGCGGCAUCACUACUGCUUCAUAUGCCGGAGGAGCAGGCCUUCUGUGUGCUGGUGAAGGCCAUGUUUGACUACAACCUGAGGGACCUGUUCAAGGAAGACUUCAAGGAGCUGCACAUGAGGUUCUACGUGCUGGAGAGAUUGAUAGAGGACUACCUCCCGGAUCUGAACCAGCACUUUUUGAACAUGAACAUUGAGUCCCACAUGUACGCAUCUCAGUGGUUCCUCACACUCUUCACUGCCAAGUUUCCUCUCUACAUGGUCUUCCGCAUCAUCGACAUCUUUCUCAGUGAGGGUAUUGACGUGACCUACAACAUUGCGCUGGCCCUGCUGAAGACGUCCAGGAAGGACCUGUUGGCGCUGGACUUCGAGGGCGUGCUGAAGUACUUCCGUGUGCAGCUGCCCAAACUGUACCGCUCGGAGCAGAACGCACAGCAGCUGCUCAGGCUAGCCUGCUCCAUGAAGAUUAACCAGAAGAAGCUGAAGAAGCAUGAGAAGGACUACUACACCCUGAAGGAGCAGGAGAUGCAGCAGGAGGACCCAGUGGAGAGACUGCAGAGAGAAAACAAGCGGCUGAUGGAGGGGAACAUGCGGCUGGAACAGGAAAAUGAUGACCUCGCCUACGAGCUGGUUACCAGCAAGAUCUCCCUUAGAAAGGACCUGGAUGCGUCAGAAGACAAGGCUGACACCCUGAACAAGGAGCUGCUGGCGACCAAACAGAUGCUGGUGGAUGCUGAGGAGGAGAAGAAACGACUUGAAGUGGAGUCUACUCAGCUGAAGGACAUGUGUAGGAGAGAGCUGGAGCGAACAGAGAAGGAGAUCAACAGAAAUGCUACAAUCAUCGCAGACUACAAGCAGAUCUGUACCCAGCUAAGUGAGAGGCUGGAGCAUCAGCAGACUGCUGCCAAGGAGGAGCUGGCAAGAAUAAAGGGCCAAGUGAAGACAUGUGACAAGUGCUGCAAGCUGUUCACCGAGAACGGAGACGUCAAGAUAGAAGCCUUACCAGAGACACCAGAUGGCACAGAGAAUCCAGAUGUUCAGGCAGUGAAGAAGCAGCUGCGAGAAAUGGAGCUGGAGCUGGCACAGACCAAACUGCAGCUGGUGGAGGCGGAGUGUAAGAACCAGGACCUGGAGCACCAACUCAACGCCGCUCUGUCAGAGAUACAGGCCUCCAGAAACAGCUGGUUCCAGAAGACCCUCACAUCGAUCAAGGAAGUGACAAAGAAGGAUUCUUCUUCCUCCCCAAGGACGCCCACAUCAACUACAGCACCCAAAACUCCAACAUUAUAGUAGAGGAUGAAAUCAAACUUUUACCACAUCAACAACAACCUACAAAUGUUCAAACAUCAAAUGGUCAUGUUAAACAUUUGUAGGAUACCAUCAAAAGAGGAAACAUUUGUAUUCACAGUAAAUUUCCAUAACUUUAGGUACCUUCAAAUCAUAAUGUUUAUUGUGAUUUGAAGGUAAAACAGUUACUUCAAUUUUUUGUCAUUGUAGUUUCCUGCCUUUUCAACAUAAUAUUAUGUAACAACAAUAAUCAUCAU